CAGCUGUCCUGGCCAUGUCUGAAACGAUGGAUCCAUCAGCCCUGAUGGCUGAGAUAGAAAGCCUCAAGACCAAGAUGGCAGAGCAGGAGGAGCUCAACGCCGCCACCUUCGACACGCUGUAAGGAAGCCAUCCCAUGUCCACAAUGAGUCAACAAUGCACCAGAUCUGUGCUCGUGCGUGUGUGUGUGUGCUGCAUGUGUGUCAGGUUCAUCAUUCUGUCGGCCAUCAUUAUCUCCUUCAUGCAGGGCGGCCUGGCGCUCCUCGAAGGUGUGCAGUGCACUCACACUAGGCGUUCACUGUGGACGUGUGUGCGUGUAUGUGUGUGUGUGUUUGUUGGUCCUUGCUGUGCCCAGCUGGCAUGGUCGCGUCCAAAAACGUGCAGCACAUACUCAUGAAGAGUCAGCAGCACACACUCGCACACACAAACACACACACACACACGCACAGUGCAUUUGCUGUCUGUCUGUCUGUCUGCGUAUCUGCCCAGAUCUGUUUGACGUGUGUUUCGGCACCAUUGCCUUCUGGCUGGUUGGCUACGCCUUCGCCUUCGGUGACGACACGGGCAUCGGAUUCAUUGGCAUGAGCGAAUUCGCUGGUCAGUCAGGCAGUAGCACUGACCACAUAUCUACCAUAGGCUGUGUAGCGAUGCGGUCCCCUGCUGCAUAUUUCUGUCUGCUAUGCUUGUGUGUGUGGUUUGGUCUCCACCAGGCAUCUGGCCGGACAUCGUCAAUCGGGACUGGUUCUUCCUGUGGACCUUCUGCACCGUCACGGCGUCCAUCAUUUCUGGCGCCUUAGCGGAGCGGACAGACUUCCGGGCGUAUGCGUGGUUCGUGCUGGUGGAGUGCGCCAUCGUGUUUCCCGUGCUGCUGCACUGGGGGUGGCAUCCCGACGGCUGGCUGCUGCACCUCGACCCCAUCUCGUACAAGGACUUCGCUGGCGCGGGGCUCGUCCACUUCCACUCAGGUACCUGAGCCUGCCUGCCUGCCUGCCUGUGCAUCAUGACAGACACAUGUUGUUGACUGGGAGGAUGGGUGUCUUUUCUGUCAUUGAUUUGAUUGGUCUGGUGCCUUGCCUCAGGGACCAUGGCUUUCAUGGGCGCGUGGCUGGUCGGCCCCCGUCUCGGCCGCUUUGACCCUGCUGUCGAUCAGUCCCGCUUCAAGCCGCACAACGUGCCGCUCUACAUCUUGGGUGUGUUUGCCCUGUGGAUGGGGUGGUACAGCUUCAACACCGGCAGCAACUUCGGCAUCUCGCGCGGCGGCUACGAGGUUGUGUCAGUCAUCGCCGCAAACACCACACUCAGCGGCACUCUCGGAGGUCCUCAGACCACCACCAUUCACUCCACCCCAUCACACACACGUCUCUCUCUCUCUCUGUGUGAUGUUUGUCAGCUGUGACAUGUUUUGUGAUCGAGUCUUACCUGAACCGGAAGGAACUGACGUACGACCUCGAGGCGCUGGCCAACGGCGUGCUGUCGGGGCUGGUGGCCAUCUGCGGCGGGUGCAACAGCAUGUACCCUUGGGGCGCCGUGCUGACGGGCAUUGGGGCGGGCAUCUCUUUCAUCCUCUUCAAGUACCUCUGCUUCUGGAUCAAGGCAAGCCCGACACGGACGGAUUAACCGCUGCAGCAUGGCAUACGUGACCUACAUAUAAAUUUGCAAAUGGAUGGUGUGUGUGGUUUAUUUGCUAGGUGGAUGACCCCCUCGGUGCGUCGGCGGUGCAUGGCGCAGCGGGGUUCUGGGGCGUCUUCAUGGCGGGACUGCUCAACAAGGAGACGGGCGGCAUGCCCAUGCAGGUGGCCGCGCAGUUCAUCGGGCUGGCCUCCGUGCUGGCAUGGUCCGUCUGCUGGUCGCUGGCAAUCUGGCUGCCUUGCAAGUGGAUGGGUACGCACAAACAAACGAGACACUAGGAGGCAUCGAAGAAAGAAUGGAAUGGAACCGCCGUCUGUCUGUCUCUGUGUGUGUGUGUGUGUCAGGCAUCAUGCGGUGUCCGCCUGAGGAGGAGGAGAUCGGCCAGGACGUGCACCUGCAUGGCGGCAGCGGCUACCGCUACCACAUGGACGCGCUGCCCGGCGAGGUCAUUGAGACCUGCAGCCCGAGAAAUCUGGGCGUGGAGAACAAACUCACCGCCCCCAGCAGCGAGAACGGACACGAGGCAAAAGUCUGAGAGGACAGGAGAGGAGAGGAGGGAGAGACUGUCUGUCGUGCGGGCACACAUGGAUGGGAUGCGCGGAGGAUGGCUGUUCUGUUCUGUUCAGUUCUGUGUGCAUAAGUGGCGUGGCUUGGUGGGGCGUUGGGGGCCGCGGAGGUCUUUUUGCCUUCCGCCCUCCCCCACCUCUCCUCUCCUCUCGUCUCUCGUCUCCUCUUGUCUCGUAUCUCUUUAUCGCUUUCAAGUACUGAUCUUGAUGCCUGGUUGCUCGUUCGUGCGUGUCUGUCUGUUUGUCUGUCUGUCUCGCUACUAAUUGCCUGCCUGUCUGUCUGAUUGAUGGGCUCCCAAUGAGGAGACCCACUCCCGCCUCUCUCUCUCUCUCUCUCUCUCCCCCACCCCCACCCCCUCGUCUGAGUGAGUGCGAUGUCGCGUACAUGUGUGUGUGUGUCGAUUGCAUGGCUGUCCAGCCCUCCCUCCCAGGGCUCCCUGGUUUUGCUAUUUUGUGUGUGUCUGUACAUGUAUGUCAUGUGCCGUCCGUGCCGUCAAGGUGUGUGUGGGUUGGGUCAUGUAGAAUAGGAAGGAAUGGGGGCCUGUCGGUCGGUCGGUCGUGUGUGUGUUCGUUGGCUGUUUUGUUUUAUCCAUUAAUCGUAUGCUAUGCUAUGCAAUGCUAUGCUAUGCGUGUGUCUUGUCGAUCGGUCGGCUUGUCGUGCCUGCCUGCCUGCCUGGAUGGAUGGACACAGGCAGAGAGAGAGAGAAAGAGGGAGAUGCGUACUCGCACAGAUUAGGUAGGGGUGUCUGUCUGUCGGCUGUUUUAAGCCGUCGACGAGUGUAGAGGUGUCGGUCGCUUCAUUCAUGUGUGUACCUCGUCUGCAGUGUAUAGAGGCUCUCCAGUGGUCCGUUCACACGGAGGGCGCGUGCAGCCGGCCCUGUCUGUCUGUCUGUCUCGUUGUCGCACUGCAGUGCACCGAUGGCAUCUCGCGCCACUCACUGAGUGAGCUGACUUCAUGCCGUCUUGGGGUACGCUCGUGGAUGGAUGUGUACGUGUGACUUCAUGCUGCUUCACACGCACGUAUGGCUGUGUGUGGUAUGCCGGGACACAUUUCGUGAGCCGUUGCGGACGGACACGUUAUAAAUACAGCUAAGAGGUAGUUGCGAUUAAUUAGUUGGAAG